AUGGGCAGUCUCUGCGGUUUCCCUUGUCUCCCUGCCGAGAUCCGCCAUCAGAGCUGGCUCCUCUCCGUGCCCGACGACCAGCCCGAAAUCUGUCUCCCCUGGCCCAUCAACGUGCCCGUGUGCAUGCACGGCACAACCGAGCCGCUCUACACGCUCCCGUGCCAGCCGCUCACCGUCGACGUGGCGUUUCCCGUGGCCAUGCACGUGUGCCGCGAGAGCCGCCGCGCGGUGCAGGACUACCUACACUUUCGCGCGUCGGAAGCGGCAGGCUGCGCGACGCCGUUUCGGCGCUUUCGGCCGGAGCUGGACGUGCUGUUUCUGGGGGACUGCGGCAUUCUCUUCAUGGACAUGUUGGUGUGGCCAGAGUGCAGCGUUUUUGAUUCGUAUCAAUCACCACCCGUGAUGGAGGAUUGCCAGCAUCGAAACAGGCAGUGCACGAGGUUGAUGGAGACGUUGUGCGCAACGCGUCGGUUUGCGGUGGCGGCGGCGUCGAUGCCUGGUCGUGACGAAAUGGUCAAGACGUUCUUUUCAAAGGUGUGGGCAUGUGCCAAGCCCCCGAAACCGACCAGCUUUGAGCUUUGCUUUGUCGUCCCGACUACCAAAGACCUCAACGAGAUGAGUCCAGACGACGUGCAUGUCAAUUUUGUGCCGCCAGGGCGGCGAUGCCGUCUAGCGAGUGUUGACAAAUGCGACUGGGGUGGUGUGCUGGUACCAACGGACACUGUGAGAUCCAAGCCGCUACGGACGUUGGAGGCAGUUGUCACAGAGUCGGUCAAAGGAAUGAGGGCCGCCGAGGAAAGGAGGCAUAUCGAUGCUCGUGUAAGGUUUCCCGGACCGUAUAUCACGGACCUCAUCGAGGCGACUGCAGGGACGUUUGUGGAAUACCAGCGGGAUGGGACGUGGACCGAGGUUUGCGCGGACAGAAUGUACAACAACGGGAUGAUGAUACUGGAAAUACCGCCGGAGGAACGACCAGACCCCGAAGUCCAGAGGGUGUAUGACGUGGACGUUGAGUUGCGACUUGCCCGAUGGGAUGUUUCCGAUGAUGAAACCGAAUAUUCCGAUGAUGAGUAA